UCCCCAGCCAAGCAACAGCUGCUAUGGUGUUCUCAGUGACCCGAAAACUAAGCGGGCUUGUCACCCCGGCGGAGCCGACGCCGACGGAAGUCCUUCUUCUGUCUCCCAUCGAUCGCGUCCCCGGCCUUCGCCACAUUGUCCGAUCCUUGCAUGUGUUUAAGACCGGCGAGAGUGCGGCGGAAACCAUCAAACAGGCUUUGUCAAAAGCCCUCGUACCUUAUUACCCAUUCGCAGGCCGGUUCAUCGAUGAUCCUGAUGAUGGUGAAGUGAAGUUGUCGUGCAAAGGCGAGGGUGUGUUGUUUGUUGAGGCUGUUGCUGAUUGUACGCUCGAGGAUGUGAGGUUUCUCGAUCAACCUCUAAUGAUCCCGGCGGAUGAGCUUUUUCCGGCGGUCUCGCAAGAUAUUAUUGAGUCCAUCGACAUCCCAUUCAUGAUGCAGGUGACCGAGUUCACGUGCGGCGGCUUCGUGAUUGGCAUCCUCUCAUUCCACACCUUGGCAGACGGCCUCGGCGCCGCUCAGUUCGUACACGCCAUUGGAGAGUUGGCCCGUGGGCUGCCAAAACUCACUAUCAACCCCAUCUGGGGUCGUGAUCUCAUCCCGAAUCCGCUCAAGCUCAAGCAAUCAGACCCUCCUCCUGCUUUCCCCAACAUAAAGCUUCAAUACACAACCAUUGAUUUCUCAACCAACAACAUUCUACAGUUGAAAGCAGACUUCUUCCAUUCCACAGGCAAACACUGCUCCACCUUCGACGCCUCUGUUGCCAAGGUGUGGCAGUCUCGAACCCGCGCUAUCGGGUUCGAGCCCAACGAGUUGGUUCACAUCUGCUUCUUUGCCAACAUUCGCCACCUUCUCGCUGAUAUUCUUCCCCCGGAGGGAGGGUAUUAUGGCAACUGUUUCUACCCUGUAACAGUUACUUCCACUGCCGGAAGAGUGUCAGAGUCGAACCUUGUGGACUUGGUGAAAAUCAUAAGGGAUGCGAAGAGCAGCCUGCCAAAAGAGUUCGCUAAAUGGGCCAUUGGGGACUAUAAGGAGGAUCCUUUUCAGGUGAACUUCAGUUACAAUUCUCUAUUCGUGUCGGACUGGACAAGGUUAGGGUUUAGGGAGGUGGAUUAUGGGUGGGGGAAACCGAAACCAGUGAAUGUCAUACCAUUUGCUUACUAUGAUUUCAUGGCAGUGGCGAUCAUCGGGGCUCUACCAGUGUCAAUGCAAGGAACAAGGGUCAUGACGCAGUGUGUUCUGGAAAAGCAUUUGGAGGAAUUUCAGAAUGAGAUGAGGGAGUUUUAAUUGAAAGUGUCUAUGUUGCGGAUACACUUGAAGUGAAAGUUUGGAAUGCGGGGUAUCUUAAAUGCAAUUCAAGUGUUAGAGGAUUUUAGACUAAUACUUCCUAAUUUGUUUUGUUUGCUUUUGUUUUAUUGUUUCUUUCAUUGAUGUUUAGUGAUUAAGCAAAUAUUGUUUGAUGUGUAAGGGCAUGUUUUAAUUGAAUAAAUUAA